GGGUGCUGUCUGCUAACGGUUAUUGUAAACCCUUUGACGACGAAGGCAAUGGAUAUAUGCGUAGCGAUACGGUCGCGGUAGUAUAUCUGCAAAAGGCAAAAAAUGCAAGAAGAAUAUAUGCAACCCUCGUACACGGUAAAGUAAAUUGCGAUGGUUUUAAAGAAGAAGGUAUUACCUUUCCAUCGGUCGAGAAGCAAAAAAUAUUGUUGAAUGAAUUUUAUAAGGAAUGUGAAAUCUCGCCCAAUGAGUUAUCUUACAUAGAAGCUCAUGCAACUGGUACUCUUGCUGGUGAUCCCGUAGAAGUUAUGUCUAUUGACCAGACUUUAUGCGCUAAAAGAAACAGUCCUUUAUUGAUGGGCUCGGUAAAAUCAAAUAUUGGACAUUCCGAACCCGCCAGUGGCCUUUGUCAAAUCGCAAAGAUUUAACCUGUAUACAGCUCGUACCCCGAAAAGGAGAUCGACGCAGAUUAAGUGCAAGCGCAAGUUUUUUCUCGCCGGCAUUCAAGCCCCUAGCAACAACAGCGCGCCAUUACGCACGACACGCUAUUAGUCGAGAUCCGUUCAACGUUAGUGCCUCAUCGGGCAGCCCGUACAACCGAUUUUCUUCCUUGGCGAGGCUGUUCCUGACGGUUGAACUUCUGCAUCCUGUGCAACGGCUCAUCGCAGUUUGUCGUAGUCGUCGAGACCUUCGUUCUGUAACGUUGUCCUUUCAAUUACUUGUGUUAUCAGUGCAUGCGAUCUCGUGUCUCGUGUAAGCUUUCCCCCACGAAUAAGCGCAUGGUGUCGCCGCAUAAAUUUUGUGCUUAUUUAGCGUGCGUUUGCGACGUCGUAACCUUGCGCGUACCAUUGUAACGCUCCCUAUUGCGCUUUACUCCUCUGUAAUCAUGUCAGAACCGGCGCGUGUGGAAUUAUACCGCGUUCCUAAAAUUCCGCCAUUUUGGAAAAGCGAGCCGGAAGCGUGGUUUUUGCAAGUUGAAGCGUCAUUGCGCGUGGCGGGAAUUACUGUCGAUCGAACCAAAGCCGACUAUUUGUUAACGAGCGUAAACACCGAAGUAGUCGCACAUAUCUCUGAUUUACUUAAAGCGGAUCCGCCGCCUGAUAAUCUAUUCGAGCGUCUCAAAGAGCGUAUUUUAUCCGUUUACGCGACUUCGCUUUCCAAAUCUCGCUUGCAAAGCCUGUUAAAAGGUCAGAUGUUAGGCGAUCAAAAACCUUCACACCUUCUUAAUCAUAUGAAUAAUCUUAAUAACGGUCAGUGCAGCCCAGCGGUGCUCAGAUCUUUGUUUAUCGAGCAACUUCCUGUCUCUCAUAAAGCCAUUUUAGCCGCGAUUAACGAGCAAGAUUUGCAUAAGCUGGCCAAAAUAGCGGAUAGGAUUUCCGAGACUAAUAACCCGAAUACAUCGGUAGUACCGUUCGUCGUUACGGUAAACCAAGCGAAAAAUGUUGCACCCUCAUCUAGUAUCGAUAAAAAAUUAAACCAACUUACUAAGCAAUUCGCGGCCCUUAAUAAAGAGGUGUUUAAAUCGCGACGUAACCGAUCUAAGUCUAGAGGUCGUUCUCCCGCGCAAUCGCAAAGCGCAGAAAAAUCCGACCUUUGUUAUAUCCACCGUAAAUACAAAACCAAGGCGACAUCCUGUCGCAAGCCAUGUUCUUGGCAAGAGCCUAAGCAGUUGGAAAACUAAAAUCCCCUCCUCGCAACGAGACGGUCGGGGAUAACGGGGCGACUCAAAGCCGUCUUCACGUUUUCGACCGCAUUACAGG